AUGUCCGAGGGUCCAUCCCUUCCCCACGUCAAACGUCACCUCAUCGAACAUGAUAUCAACGCUGUUGCCGAGCAGAUCAACAAGCAGCCAGAGCAGCAGUUCGUUGAUCACAAGCGUGUCCAUACAGGCACGCAUGUCCGUACACACGGCAUAUUCAAGGCCACAUUCACAGUAUUGGAUAAUCUACCACCACAUCUUCAAAACAUCGAGUUCACCAGCACCCCAGCCAUUGAGCUGGCAGACGCUAGGACGGCCCAACCGCACGGAUUCGGACCUUCAAAAGGCACGCUUCAAGGUUGUGAACCAUCACCUCGAAUCCACACCCAAUACUCUCAGACCGCAUAUCGCUUCAGCGACUACGUCUUCAUAUACUGCGUCGUACCUAACACAGAGACUCAGAAGAAGCUAUACGACGAAUACCUCAAGCCCGACCAACACGAGUCCAACAUCCCCCAUGAAUGGCCGUGA